ACUUUUGAUAAGAUUUUGUGAUAAAAAACAUAAAAGCGUUGAAAAACAACAGAAAAGAUGUCUUCUUCGGAGUCAAUUGAAUGUUUGGCCGCUGUUUUGCGGAAACCGGGAGAAGAAGUGAAAAUCGAGAAAAUUGUUGUCAAAUCUCCGGAAAAAAACGAAAUCAGAGUUCGGGUUAUUUCGGCCGGAGUUUGCGCUACAGACGCUCAUUUCGUCUGGGGAUGGACUACCGAACUCGAUGUCGACUUCCAGGGACGGCCUGUUGUCUUAGGACACGAAGGAGCCGGCGUAGUCGAGAGUGUGGGAGAGGGCGUGUCGCGAGUGGGUGUGGGCGAUAAGGUCAUGUUGCUAUGGUUACCCGAGUGUGGAAAAUGCCGUUUGUGUAGAAACCCGUUGACCAAUUUGUGCGAAUCGGGAAACUUCUUCACGACAAUGACCUUCGAUGGCAAAAGUCGAAUGARAAUCAAAGAUGGCGACGAAUUGUUGUCUUUCGCUGGAACCGCUUGUUUCGCGGAAUACACUGUUGUUCGCGAAACACAAGUGGCAAAGUUGGAUUCAAAUGCAGACCUAAAAGUGGCGGCCAUUAUAGGGUGUGCAGUCGGGACGGGAUUCGGGAGUGCGACUCAAAUCGCGAAAGUGCAUUCGGGCAGUGUUUGUGCAGUUUGGGGUUUGGGACCAAUCGGGUUGUCGUGUGUCUUGGGAUGUCGUGAUUCGGGAGCAGAAGUCAUUGUGGGAAUUGACACGAAUCCCGACAAAGAGUGGAUUGCAAGAGAGAUGGGAGUCACGCACUUCUUGUGUCCGAAAAAGGAAACGAAUUUGGAAUCAGUUUUGAUGGAAAUGAGAAUCGAUUACGCGUUCGAUUGUAUCGGUUCUCAAUCCGUUUUGGACGUCGCGAAUAGAGUUCUCCAACCCUUUGGACGUCUUAUUGUUGUCGGACUCGCGAAGAAAGGAGCGAAAGUCACGCAAUCCGUGGCUCAGCUGUUGAACGGUCGGUGUAUUAGUGGAGGAUAUUUCGGGAAUUAUAAACCAAUUGCUGGAAAUCAAGAAUUGGUUCGAAAACAGAUUUCCGGGGAAAUGGAUGUCUCGAAACUGAUUUCCUCGAGAAUCCCUUUGAAAGACAUUCAAAAAGCGUUUGAUUUAAUGAAAAACGGAAAAUCAAUUCGAACUGUCAUUGAAUUUGAAUAA